AUGUGGACCGGUAGAGAGAUUACCACUGCAACGUCUUAUGCCAGCCAGGAACGGUAUCCUGGGGCAGUUUUCCCGUGCCGUCAGCAGGUAGGUGAAAAGUCUAAUAAAGCUACAGUACGGAGUACAUUACCUGGUAAAAGACACCUGAGAGGGAGAGUAAUAAUAGAAUAUGCAGUGAACCUAAAGCGAGAUGCAGGAAAUGAAUUCAGGUUUUUCAGUGAUGUGACGGUGGCUGAAUUGCAUCUGCAUUGCAUAUCAAAGAAGGGCAAAGAGUUUCGUAGAAGGCAACUACUUAAUUAA